AUGAGCUCCCUGCGGGUGGCGCGCCUCGCGUCUCCCAACAACAGCGGCCUCCAUUCAGACUCAGUGGCGCGGCAUGAUGAACGGAUCCUCUGUCGACCUCCACCACACCACACUACUCUACUACUACAGGCUAACCUGACCCUUGUAUAUGUGUGUCGUGUCGUGUGUCGUACCGGUGUCGUGUCGUCCCAGGAUGCUGUCGAUGGUGUAAGCGGUCCGUCUCGAGCUGGUCAUGAUGCAGCCGGUCCCUGGCCUCCUCACUCACUCACUACACGGUCUGUUACUAUACUAUCACUUGAACGUCAACUACACACAUCGAUGUUCUCUGUGUCCGUGUGUCCGUGUGUCCGUCCUCGCGACCCUACACUCGUUCUGUGA